UCCUGUCAUUCUCAUUCUCAUUCUCACACUCACACUUCACAUCAAUUCUUCUUCCUUAUUAAAAACAUCUUUCUUCACUGCCUUUUCGUAACACCAUUUCAUUUCACCUCCUAAACCUCUGCUCUUAGCCAUAACAGUAAGUAAUAAUCAUCAUCAUAACAGAAUGUGUGGCGGUGCUAUCAUCGCUGACUUCAUUCCUCGCCGUGGAGGCCGCCGCCUUACCGCCUCGGAGCUCUGGCCUAACUCUCUCGGGCAACAGAUUGACUCCUCGGACUUCGGUUUUUCUGGUAUUGAUCAACAGCCUCCCAGUACUCUCAAAAGAUCAGACCCUCCUAAAGUUAAUGAACGAGUUGAAAAGCCUGUGAAAAAACAGAGGAAAAAUCUCUACAGAGGAAUCCGGCAGCGUCCUUGGGGAAAAUGGGCUGCGGAGAUUCGUGAUCCUAGGAAAGGUGUUCGUGUUUGGCUUGGUACUUUCAACACUGCUGAAGAAGCUGCUAGAGCUUAUGACAAAGAAGCUCGAAAAAUACGCGGCAAAAAAGCUAAGGUUAAUUUCCCCAACGAAGAUGAUGAAUAUUCUAUUCAAACUCGUCGUCAUGUUAAUAAUCCUAAUCCACCACCUAUUCGACCACCGAACCCGAACCUGAAUCGGAAUCAUUCUCUCUAUCAUCAUCAACAGCAAUAUCCAAAAAAUCUGAACCUGGAGUUUGGUUAUGAUCUGAACCAAACUGAACCGUUUAUAAUAUCUGGUUCUGGUGGUUCUGGUGGUGAUGAGAAUUCUGUAUAUGGGUCUGGUUCGUGUUCUGAGGUUGGUUACUCUGUACUGGAGUUCAAUGGCUCCACUCAGAAUGAAAACGGUUAUUUCUGUGGUGUUGUGAAUGAACAUGAGAAAGAGAAAGAGAAAGUGAAAGUGAAAGUAUCAAAAGAACAAGAACCACGUGCUGUUGUUAUUGUUAGUAUUGAUCAAGCUGAAGCUGAAGCGGCAAAGAAUGAAGUUCAAGAGUUGUCUGAUGAAUUGAUGGCGUACGAGGAUUACAUGAAGUUUUAUCAGAUUCCGUACUAUGAUGGACAAUCGAUGCCACCGAAUAUUGUUCAGGAACAUGUUGUUGGGGAUUUAUGGAGCUUUGAUUGAUGAUAAAAAAUAAUACUACUGUAACUGUUUUUCAUGUUUCUGUGAAGACAGAAUUUUCCCAUUCUUAUGAUUCGGUUAUCUCUAUUUUGCAUAUUAGGAUGGAUGGAAUUGUAAAUUUGGGUACUUGGUUAGAAUUUGUGUCAUGAAUUUUCGAUUUAUUUCUUGUUUUUUUGAGUUUUGGCCUUUUGGUCAUGUCAAGUUUUGUUCAAUUGUAUUUCUUUGGUGUUUUACCAGAUGAAAUUAACAAUGUUUCAAUUCUGAA